AUGUCGCUUCAAACUGUUAUCAUUCAGAACCAACAAACCAUUGCUUUCCUAGAAGCUAAAGACUACUGCAGUGCGCUUGUGUCAUCUUCGUCGGCAUUACAGUGCCUUGACAGCGUCCCUCCACCAACGCAACAAGAACAAAAUGAUACAGGCAAUCGCUUUUGCCCAGCAAGAAGCUCCUCCUUUUCAUCUGAAAGCUCAAUCGAUCAGUGCAUGCUUCAUAUUCAGAUUCAGGAAGACGACUAUACAUGUGGAACUCAGACAUUUAUGUACAGCCAUGCCAUUCCAUUGCCUCCCGACGUGACUGAUCACGACAUCAUAACAUCCAUUCUCAUUUUCAACACAGCGCUUGCUCACCACUUGGUGGCACUACUAGACAACGAAUGGUCACCGCAAUACCUUCACAGAGCAAAGCAAUUGUACACAUUGGCAUACAAUUCGUCACAAGAAGUCAUCGAGCACAAUCCUUUGUUUCUCUUUGUGGUAUAUAACAAUACUGCAUUGUUGGCCAAUCUGCAGAUUGGGGACAAGGACUUGCGAAAUUCCUGCGUUGGGUACUUGGUUUCCAUCUACAUGGUCAUGGUGGAUGAAGGUUACACUUCGCGACUACGCCACCUCCAAGGUUUUCUCGAGAGCCUCGUAGCUAGCAUGCCAACAACGGCUGCGGCGGCUUGA